AUGACUUGGCUUACCAUCUAUCUCCUGAAUCUGCUCUGGGCUAUGGCAGGAACCCAAAGCUCUUGCUCUGUCCCCUCAGAAGAGCAGCCCUGGGUCGAUGGCAUACAAGUGCUCAUGGAGAACUCAGUGACCAAAUCAGCCUUCGCCAACCCCAGCAUCCUGAUUGCCAUGAAUCUGGCUGGCACCUACAACCCGGAGACCCAGAAGCUCCUGACCUAUGAGCUCAUGGACAGUGACAGUGCAGACCUGACCAUUGGGCAGCUCGCCCUCACCAUUAUGGCUCUCACCUCCUCCUGCCGAGACCCUGGGAACAAAGUGUCAGUUUUACAAAAUCAAAUGAAGAACUGGGCACCUUCAACUCCCAGCCCGGAAGCCUCAGCCUUUUACGGGCCCAGUCUGGCGAUCCUGGCCCUAUGUCAGAAGAACUCAGAGACAACUUUACCAAUAGCAGUGAGCUUUGCUAAGAUCCUGAUGGCCAACUCCUCUCCCUUCAACGUGGAUACAGGAGCAGUGGCAACCUUGGCCCUGACCUGCAUGUACAACAGGAUUCCCGUGGGCUCUAAUGAAAAUUACAGAGCCCUGUUUGCUCAGGCACUAAAGUCUAUUGUGGAGAACAUCAGCUCGAGGAUCCAAGCCAAUGGCAUAAUCGGAGACAUCUACAGCACUGGCCUUGCCAUGCAGGCUCUCUCUGUGACACCUGAGCAACCUACCAACAAAUGGGACUGUGAGAAGACCAUGGCUACAAUACUCGAUGAGAUUAAAGAGGGGAAAUUCCAAAACCCCAUGUCCAUUGCCCAAAUUCUCCCUUCCUUGAAAGGCAAGACAUACCUAGAUGUGCCCCAAGUGACUUGUGGCCCUGAUCAUGACGUGCAACCAACACUAAUUGAUUAUCCUACCACUGUCCCCACCGCAUCAAAUGACAUCACUGUCACAUACACCAUAAACAACCAGCUGAGAGGUGUUGAUCUGCUCUUCAAUGUGACUAUUGAGGUUAGUGUGAAAAGAGGUUCCGUGCUACUUGUCAUCCUGGAAGAAGCGCAGCGCAAAAACUCCAUGUUCAAAUUUGAAACCACAAUGACAUCUUGGGGCCUUAUGGUCACUUCUAUCAAUAACAUCGCUGAAAAUGCUAAUCACAAAACAUGGUGGGAGUUCCUUAGCAACAAAACACCUUUAAAUGAAGGGGUUUCUUAUUAUAUUCCCUUCGAUCAUGAGCACAUCACAGCCAAUUUCACCCAAUACUGA